CGCAGAGGCUUUUUGGGUAAUCUAACAAUAAUUGAGAAUUAUAUAAUACAAUUGAGAAUUAUAUGAUAUAAUUCGUAGUAGCGGGCGGACGGGAGGGAGCUAAUAAUAGUAGCGGUGAGUGGCGGGCGGACGGGAGGGAGUCGGGCGGUUGCGGGUUGGGGAAAAAAAGAAGGGAAGCCUCUGCCAUAUAACGUGCGGUUCUUUGGUGUGAAAUGCGGUUCUUUGGUUUUGGCGGUUUACUGGUACAAUCGAUAUUAUAAUGGCUGAGUUCGAUAGCGAUAUAGAAGAAAUUGAGCGCUCUUUUCAUAAUAUGAGUCUAGAUGAUAAUGAUGAAGAUCUUGGUUGUUUGCCAAUGCCACUUGAGAGAGAUGAUGGUAAAGACCUUGCUUGUUUUCCUAUGUCUGCUGAGAAGGCUGGUGAUGAAGACCUUGGCUGUUUGCCCAUGCCAAUACAGAGUGCUGUAUUGACAAGUACUCCAAAGAAGGUGAAACAACGGCAACUAGUACCUGUAGCUGGGAAGCAUGAUUUGACACCAGAUUCAAAAAGACAAAAUGAGCCACCUUCAAAGAUCAUGAAUAUGCAAUCUGGAAGUCCUUUGUUAACAUCUGGUAAUUUGACAGUCUGCUGGUAGGCUGGGCGAAAUUCCUUACCCCAUGUGCUAAUACAAUGUGCUUCAUCUAUGAUGAAAAAACUCAAUCUGUUCUCAUGACUAAUCUGACUCAAGCAAUGUUUCAAUUGUUCAGUUACAAUAGCUUCUGGGCUAAUGAACAAAAACUGAUAUUGACAAUCUGGCUGUUUCAGAUUAUGUAAUAUAUUCUGUCUUUCAUUAUCAGUUAGCAUUGUGUUGUAAUAGCAUGUGUUGAUUCCACAUUGUUGUAGUCUUGCAACUUGGUCACUCAUUAACAUAAUAAGAGGUGAUACUACAAAUGCCAAGCCAGGUGUCAUUAGACAAG